UAGGUGGACACGGAGACUGCAUCAGACUGGAGAGACACGCCGGGACAUAAUAGAGCCGCGAUAUAAAGGCAUUGAUGGUCGUUUCUCCCUCACAAACGUCAGGAUACUGAUUCCGGUCGAGACAUGCAGUCCGAUGUGUAAGGAGCCAGGAUAAUUUCUAGCCCUCAGCUCUCAUUUUCAGCAGCAUCUUCCCACGAUAUCGACAUAAUGUGGCUUGCUCUAACGGAGGGAAAAUAACCAAAUAUGUGGAUACCUACAGAAGAGGAGAAAAUCGGAGUUGUGAUCUGCAACUUCCGGUCGUCAGUAUGUCAGGCCCUGGUCCUGGAGAUUGGGGAAACUGUACAGAUCUUGGAGAAGAGUGAAGGUUGGUACCGAGGCUUUUCCACCAAGAAGCCUUCCAUCAAGGGAAUCUUCCCAACCACCUAUGUCCACUUGAAGAAAUCCACAGUGACCAACAGAGGGCUCUGUGAAACGGUGGUGCCCCUGGAGGACCCUAUAAUCACCGAGACCACCUCUACACUGCAGGAAUGGGGUGUCUUGUGGAAACAGCUCUACGUGAAACACAAGGUGGAUUUGUUCCACAAACUGCGUCAUGUGAUGAAUGAGCUCAUCGACCUGCGUCGGCAGCUGAUCCAGGGUCACCUCGCCCAGGACCAGACCCGUGAGAUCAAACGACACAUCACCGUACGGCUUGACUGGGGCAACGAGCACCUUGGCUUAGACCUUGUUCCAAGAAAAGAGUUUGAGAUGGUGGAUCCAGAUCAGAUCAGCGUAUCUGAACUAUACAAAAUGCAUGUAUCCAGCAGACACUGUGGCCAGCAAAGCACAAACCAGGGCGACAGCAUGCGACAGCGCCACGGUGACGGUUGCCGUGUCCCCGUGUCACACCACCUCUUCAUCAACCUGAAGAGCUUUACUUACAACAGCAUCAGCGAGGACGCCGACGUCUUCUUCUCUCUGUACGACACGCGCGAGGCCAAGCAGAUCAGUGAGAAGUUCAUGGUGAGACUGAACAAAAAUGGAGGACCAAAGAAUCCAGAGAAGGUUGACCGCCUGUGUGCUCUUUUCACGGACCUGAGCAGUAAAGACUUGAAGAGAGACCUGUACAUUGUGGCACAUGUCAUAAGAACCGGUCGUAUGCUGCUGAACGACUCAAAGAAAGGUCCGCCCCACGUGCAGUACAGACGACCAUACGGUUGUGCUGUUCUCGCCAUGAGUGAUGUUUUCCACACCAUCACAGACCUCAAAGAAGAGAAGGACUUUGUGCUUAAAGUUUACACAUGUAACAACGAGAACGAGUGGUAUCAGAUACACGAGAACAUCAUCCGGAAGUCCAACACCAAGUACUCAGCUCCCAGCACCAACUAUGGCCUCAUCAUUUCCUUGCAGCUGCUUCGGGGUGAGCUGGAGCAGAUCAGACGGGAGAACCAGGCGGUGUUCAGCAGGGCCCUGGCACUCACACGCAAACUGGGUUUCCCAGAUGUCAUUCUGCCAGGUGACACCCGUAACGACCUGUAUCUCACCCUGGAGCGAGGGGAGUUCGAAAGAGGGGGCAAGAGCGUCCAGAAGAACAUCGAAGUCACUGUUUAUGUACUGUAUGCCGACGGGGACACACUCAAAGACUGCAUCAGUCUGGGCAGCGGGGAGCCAAACACCAGUGAGUAUCGCUCCUUCGUCCUUUACCACAACAACAGCCCUCGCUGGAGUGAGAUGGUCAAGCUGCCCAUCCCGAUAGACCGCUUCAGAGGGUCCCACCUACGCUUCGAGUUCAGACACUGCUCCACUAAAGACAAAGGGGAGAAGAAGCUUUUUGGUUUCGCCUUCACCCCUCUGAUGAGAGAAGACGGGACCACGCUGUCGGAUGAGAGCCAUGAGCUGUAUGUCUACAAGUGUGAUGAAAACGCCACCUUCAGUAACCAAGGCCUGUACCUGAGCAUGCCCUGCUGCAAGGAGGACUUCAACAGCUGCCCCAACCUGCCGGCCAACCUGCCCUUCCAGAGGAGCCCCAAGGAGACCUUCUGGGUGUCCACGUUGCUGUGCUCCACCAAGCUCACCCAGAACGUGGACCUCCUGGCGCUCCUGAACUGGAAGGCCCAUCCGGACCGGGUGCUGGAUAUCCUCGGUCGGCUCCGUCAGAUCAGUGGAGAGGAGAUCGUCAAGUUCCUGCGAGAUGUCCUGGAUACGCUUUUUUGUCUCUUAGAUGACAACACCGAUAAAUACGGACCGCUCGUUUUCCAGUCACUGGUAUUCAUCAUUAACCUGCUCAGGGACAGUCGCUUCUACCACUUCAGACCUGUCAUGGACUCCUACAUUCAAAACCACUUUGCAGGAGCUCUGGCUUACAAAGAACUGAUCCGCUGUCUAAAGUGGUACAUGGACCGAUCUGCUGAGGUUGUCAGACAGGACCACAUCCAAGAGGCCAUGAGGGCUCUGGAGUACCUGUUCAAGUUCAUUGUCCAGUCCCGCAUCCUGUACUCACGAGCCACCUGCGGGAUGGAGGAGGAGCAGUUCCGGGCAAGCAUCCAAGAGCUCUUCCAGUCCAUCCGCUUCGUCCUGAGCCUGGACAGCCGCAGCUCUGAGACCUUGGUCUUCACGCAGGCAGCGCUGUUGAACAGUUUUCCUGACAUCUUUGAUGAGCUGCUACAGAUGUUCACCGUUCAGGAGGUAGCUGAGUAUGUCAGGGGCACCUUAGGGAGCAUGCCCAGCACGGUGGACAUCGGCCAGUCUAUGGAUGUAGUCAAACUGCAAUCCAUUGCCCGCACAGUUGAGAGUCGCCUCUUCUUUUUCCCAGAGUCUCGUAGUAUUUUGCUGCCAGUGGUACUGCAUCACAUCCACCUGCAUCUGCGUCAGCAGAGGGAGCUGCUGAUCUGCUCUGGGAUCCUGGGCAGCAUCUUCUCCAUCAUCAAGACGAGCUCUAUGGAGUCUUCGGUUCAGGAGGAGGUGGAGAUGAUGGUGGAGAGCCUGCUGGAUGUGCUGCUGCAGACUCUGCUGUCCAUCAUGAGCAAGUCUCAGUCCGUGGAGACUUCCAGAGGACAGCGCUGUCCCCAGUGCACCGCAGAGAUAACGGGGGAGUACGUUUCCUGUCUUCUCUCUCUGCUCAGACAGAUGACAGAGAUCCACUUUCACCACCUACUCAACAACUUCCAUAGCAAGGAGGAGCUCAAGGAGUUCCUGUUGAAGAUCUUUUGCGUGUUCCGCAAUCUGAUGAAACUGACUAUCUUCCCCCGGGACUGGAGUGUCAUGAGGCUUCUGACUAGUCAUAUCAUCGUAGUGACAACACAGUUUCUGUCUCCGGCGUUGCACAAGAACUUCUCUGAGGCGGAUUUUGAUUUCAAGGUGUGGAACUCAUUCUUCAGUCUCACAGUGCUGUACAUCAACCAGCCCAGUCUGCAGCUUGAGCCUCUCAGCCAAGCCAAGAGGAAGAAAGUCCUUGACAAGUAUGGAGAUAUGAGAGUGAUGAUGGCCUAUGAGCUCUUCAGCAUGUGGCAAAAACUGGGUGACAACAAGCCCCACUUCAUCCCGGGAAUGAUGGGCCCCUUCCUGGGAGUAACGCUGGUGCCUCAGAUCGAGGUGCGAAAUAUCAUGAUUCCAAUUUUCCACGACAUGAUGGACUGGGAGCAGAGGAAAAAUGGCAACUUCAAACAGGUGGAAGCCGAGCUGAUGGAUAAACUGGACAGCAUGGUGUCUGAUGGGAAAGGAGAUGAUAAUCACAGAGAGCUCUUCAGCCUGUUAACCCAGCUGUUUGGCCCUUACCCAAGCCUCCUGGAGAAGAUAGAACAGGAGACCUGGAGGGAGACGGGUAUCUCGUUUGUCACGUCGGUCACAAGACUCAUGGAGCGAUUACUAGAUUACAGGGACUGUAUGAAAGGAGAUGAGAUGGAGAACAAGAAAAUUGGAGGCUCUGUCAACCUCAUGAACUUCUACAAGUCAGAGGUAAACAAGGAGGACAUGUACAUCCGCUACAUCCACAAACUGUGUGACCUGCAUCUUCAGGCAGAGGACUUCACAGAGGCGGCGUUCACCUUGCUGCUGUACUGGGAGCUGCUGCAGUGGGAGGACCGGCCCCUCAGGGACUUCCUCCACUACCCGUCUCAGAGCGAGUGGCAACGCAAAGAAAACCUCAGCCGUAAGAUCCUCCACUACUUCAACAAGGGCAAGUGUUGGGAAUAUGGAAUUUCGCUCUGCCGGGAGCUGGCUUUCCAGUAUGAGACUUUAUAUGAUUAUCAGAGCCUCAGCUGGAUACGGAAAAUGGAGGCGGCAUACUAUGACAACAUCAUCGAGCAGCAGAGGAUCGAACCUGAAUUCUUCCGAAUGGGCUUCUACGGAAGGAAGUUUCCCUUCUUCCUCAGGAACAAGGAGUUUGUUUGUCGUGGUUAUGACUAUGAGCGGCUAGAGGACUUCCAGCAGAGGAUGCUGGGAGAAUUUCCACAGGCCAUCGCCAUGCAGCAUCCCAACCAACCAGACGACACCAUCCUGCAGAGUGAUGCUCAGUACCUGCAGAUCUAUGCUGUGACUCCAGUGUCAGACAUUUCUGAUGUGCCUCAGCUGGAGCGUGUGCCUGAGAGGAUCAAGAGCUUCUACCGCAUUAACAAUGUCAACCGCUUCCACUAUGACAGGCCCUUCCACAAGGGACCCAAGGACAGAGAGAACGAGUUCAGGAGCCUGUGGAUAGAGAGAACCACCCUGAUCCUGUCCCGGCCUCUCCCUGGGAUCUCCCGCUGGGCCGAAGUGGAGAGGAGAGAAGUGGUGGAGGUGAGCCCUCUGGAGAACGCCAUUUAUGUGGUGGAAAAUAAGACCCAGGAGCUACGGACGCUGAUCAGCCAGUACCAACACAGACAGCAUCAUGGCAACAUCAACCCCCUCAGCAUGUGCCUCAAUGGGGUCAUAGAUGCUGCUGUGAAUGGAGGCAUUGCCAGAUACCAGGAGGCUUUCUUUGAUAAGGACUACAUCAACAGCCACCCAGAGGAUACAGAGAGGGUCACACAGCUGAAGGACCUCAUGCAGGAGCAGGUGCACAUUCUAGGGGUGGGCCUGGCCGUUCACGAGAAGCUGGUGCACCCAGAAAUGCGCCCCUUGCACAAAAAGCUUGUAGACCAGUUCCACAUGAUGAGGACAGGUUUACACCAUGGUCUGCCGGGUGUGGACCGAUUUGGCCCUGCAAGCUGCCCAGGUGUCAGCUCUCCCAGAGGCAUCCUGACCUCCCACAGCCACAUGAGCCCUGAGAGUGUGCGCCUUAUACACAGACACAGCCCUCUGAACCUGCAGGGUUCGAUCCGUCACUCGUCCUCCUCCCUGUCCUCCCACACGUCCAGUGAGGCAGGAAACUUGGUUAUAAUGACCGAUGGCCUGAUGGGGGAGCACCCUGAGGAAGCAGUGCACAUGCAGCCAAGCCCCUCCUCCUCCAGCCUGAGCUCUAUUCGCUCUAACUCUUCCCAGAUUAUCAACUCUGCUCCCUCGAGUGCCAGAGGCUCUCCGUCCUUGCCAGAUAAGGCCAAACACAACAGGGAAGUGAUGAUAUUGUUGCCGCCUCACCGUGAGAGACCCAACAACUCAAUGUACUACCCCAUGGCUGAGAAUGGACAGAACAACCACAUGCAGCGUGCCUUACUUCAGCAAGUUAGCCCCUGUAAGCCGUGUGCUGAUGCCCACAUGAAUCUACCAGAGAAAGUGUUCCCCAAUGCUCCGAGCAGCUGGAGUCUGGACGGAGAGAACAGGGAGCCGGUGUCCUACAUGCCCGGCUCUACUGGAGGGGUAAUCAUGCCCCCCGUCCCACCCAGGUCCUUCCCACCAGGCCACUUCCUGAUGCACUUUGACGCAUUUCAUCACCAGAACAGUGACCCGCCCCCUGCUCUGCCUGUCCGCUCCCUCCGAAAGUCUCCUCUCCACCCCAUCCCCGGCUCCCCCACCAGUCCUCAGUCAGCUUUAGGAGGCAGUAACUCCACUCUGUCAGGUAGUGCCAGCAGUGGUGUGUCCUCUUUGAGUGAGAGUAAUUUUGGAGGCCAGUACCCAGACACUGGCCCUAUCAGGAACGAUGCCUUGGAACCUCUUCCCAGUCACCUGUGGUCCCCUCCUGACGAAUACCUGGCCUCCCCCUACCUGCACAUCCACUACAGCGGACCUGAACUCGACUCCAUGGACCCGGUCCGCCCCUUCCACUACCGCAGUCCCGCCUCGCACCCGCACACACACCCUCACCCUCAUAGUCACACUCACUCCCAUCCCGGGCUGGACAGCCACUCCCACGGGCCGCCGCCUCACCACCAUGCACCCGUUCACGGGCCCCACCACAUCCCCUACCGCCGGCCCCAGCCUCCAGCCGUGCCGCCCAAGCCCUACCUGAGGGAGGGCUGCAUCCCCGAAGAGGAGCUGCCACCCCAGCCCAUCCCGCUGCCCCGGAGGAUCUUCCAUUCCCCCCAUAGCCACAGAGAGGAGCAGGUGAAGCACACCUGGGAGCAGUGCAUCAGCGAGGAGCACGAGGAGGCACAGUGAUGAGGAUUCUUUAGCUGUGUUUUUAGGGGUUUCUCCGCCUUGUCUUCUUCCCUUCAUUUGCACUGAUUUAAAGGAGCAGUAAUACAGGGAUCCUUGCGUAACGCAAUGGUGAAUGUUCAGUUUACUCACUGUCUGUGUUCGUUUCAGUGCAGAUGAAGGAAAGGAAAGAAGGAGUAAAUCUCAACUUGACUUUGAGGCACAACUGCCGUCACUGUGCUCCAUAUGGCCUCUUAGACACUAAUAAGGGAAUAUUAUCAGUUGAACAAUAAGACAGAUAACGUUAACUUUGUUCAAAAAUUGAUAUUGAUUGUACACAAUUGUACAACUAGUCUGUGAGCAUGUUUUUUUCAUUUGAGAAUAAUAUGACAACAGUUUUGUGAAACGUAACAACCAUGAUCAACAUGAUCCCAGGUACAGUAUAAGCUCUGAGCUCCCUUAAUUUUGCUUCUUCAUUUUCACAAUACAAGGCAACUACAGAAGGUUAUACUCACAGUGAAGUGACUUCUAUGCUUUAAAGGCUUCAUAUAUAUGAAUUAUUAUUUUGAUAAAUUUGCUACAUUAUAGUGUUUUCAAAGGCUGUGUUCAUUCUGUUUUUAAAACACUGUUAAGUGCUCCUUAAUAGUGAAUCAUAUCAAAUGGCACACUUAUAAGUGAUGCUGCCGGGCUGUCAUGGAUUGCAGGUCUCUAGAUUCAGACUUGCACCUCUCCUCUUGAACUGGCAUCUUAAGGGACACAAACUCCAGUCAGUGAUGAUUCCCCAUCCGUACCAUACGUAUGGAAACCUAACGUGAAUGUAUUCAAAUGAGAUGUUCUAUUUGUAUUACACAAGUUGCAAUUCUCUCUUUUUUUUUUUUUUUUUUUUUUUUUUUUUUUGUUGAAGUGCUUUUAAGUUAAGUCAACGUUGGAGUCUUUCUUCGUCUCUUUUUUCGUGUGACCAAGAUAUCUCUCGAGUGGAGCGAGAGCGUUCGGCAGACUGAGAGGACUGCGGAAUGAAAACUAAGGACAACGGCAGACAGCCUAUGAUAGUCAUGUCCUAAACUUAGCAUGUUUGAUGUUCAUUGUGAAUCAAGACGGGAUGGAUGGAAUGAGGACUCUCCAAAACACACCUUGAACACCUACUGGACACUGAAAACAGAACUAAUGCCAGUACUACUCUCUCUCUCUCUCUCUCUCUCUCUCUCUCUCUCUCCUUCUCUCUCUGUCUCUGUCUCUCGAUGGUUGUCAGACCAUGUUAAGCAGUGAGGACUGAACUUUGAACCUGGACAGCUGCAGUGGCAUUGCUUGCAUCUGAUGACACUGUCUACCCACUGAGUGGCCCGUCUAACCCCACUCAGCCAGCGUUAGAAUCGCCUUCCUGCCUUAAGUGCACUCAAAUGCAGUACGACCUCUCACCCGGACACCUCAGCUGACUGUGAGAAGCUCAUGGAGUGACAGCAGUGCUCCUUUUCAUCCUGUUCUCUAUAUGCUCCCUGAAGGAAUGAGAUAUCUACCUAGUGAUGUUUUUGUAUGGUUUCGUCCCGCUUUGGUUUCAGAUUGUUGUUUGGUUUGUAGCGCUAUAUUUCUUAUUCUGCCUGCAGCUCUUCUCAAUCAUGUUCUGUUGUGUGAAAAAUAACAAUUUGCCGAAGCUUGGACUGAAUAAGACGUUUACUUUCUGUGGACUGGAGGAACAGCGCUGUUUAUUGAGGUGUAUCACUCAGCAGGUUGGAAGGUUACAGCUAAUAUUUUAACAGACUUGUUUUUCCUAGUUGCUUUUUGCAGGUGGGUGCUUUGUGUUAUUGUACAUCAGGUUGUCAGCUGACUAGACAACAUCUAUUUUUGUAUGUGAAAUCAUCAGUUGUGCGAACAUAUUUCAAACCCGUACCAAGACAGAAGGCACAGGGUACUGCAUGAGCUACUGUACUUUGUAUGGAGACAAAAACCUGAGGGCAGAUGCAAAUGUGGGUAUCUAUUGUGAGCGUGAUGGCGUUGAAGAUAAUUGAGUGAGUGGAGUGAUACUCACAUAAACUAUAGGUACAAUAGAAUUUUUCAAUGUAAAUUCUGUUACUGUACAUACAGCAGUAUUGUGAAAUAUUUUUGAGAAUUAUUGCAGACCCCUCAAAAGAGUUUAUUGUUGUUUUGUGUAUAUACAUGUACUCCAGAAAUCGAUGUAAUUGAUAAAUAUCUAUAAUCAAUGUUUGAAAAAGGACAAAUCCAUUAGACUGUGGCCGUCUGCACCGUUCUUGACUUUGAGUCUUCUCAUAUAAAUACUUUAUACACUUUUCAAUGUGCUUUCCUGUACAUAUGGUGUUAGCAUGAUCAAACAGUGUUUGGUUGUAAAAGUGGUUUUCCUACUCCCAUAACUGCUGUGGUAUGGACUUCAUUAACAAUGCCAAACAUUAAAGACAAUCUUUUAUCAGCUC